UCAGAAUCAGGGCACGGCGCACGCCGCGUCGUACCGUACGCACCCGUCCCGGCUCCCGAGUUGCUUGCACGAAACGGUGCGGCCUCGCCAUCUCCAUCCACCUCGCAGUCACACCAGCUCAGCACUCAGCAGCAGCUUCUGCUCCGCUCGCCCCCCUCCACCCCCACCAGCAGCCAGCGACCGAGCCCCCCGUCCGGCUCUAUUCUGCUCUACUAACCGAUAGUUGCCCCGUCCGUGCGCCUCGACGCCGCCGGCGAGCGAGCGAAUGCCGGGGCUCUAGCGCUCCGCGUAUCGCCGACGACGGGCGGGCGGGCGGCCAUGAGGAAGCACCUGCCGCAGCCGGGCCGCCACAGGUGGAUGCGCUCGCUGCUGCUCGCGCUGCCGCUCCUCUCGCUCCCGAUCCUCUACGCCGCGCUCGGGCCGGCGCGCACGCAGCAGCCGCCCUCCCCGCCGCGGCUCGGGGGGAGGCAGCAGCAGCAGCAGCCCCUGCCGCCGCCCAGGCUGGCGUACCUCAUCUCGGGCGGCCCCGGCGACGGCCCGCGGAUCCGCCGCCUCCUGCGGGCGCUCUACCACCCCUGGAACUACUACCUCGUCGGGGUCUCGGGGGAGGAGGAGCGCGCGGAUCUCGAGGCCUUCGUGCGCGGCGAGGAGGCGCCCCGGAGGUACGGCAACGUCAGGGUCGCGGCGCCGGGGGAGUGGCCCGUGGUCUCGCGCCGGGGCCCGACCGAGCUGGCCGCCACGCUCCACGGCGCCGCCCUGCUGCUCAGGGAGUUCGACGGGUGGAGCUGGUUCAUCAAUCUCAGCGCCUCCGACUACCCGCUCAUGCCCCAAGAUGACCUCCUUCAUAUCUUCUCAUAUCUUCCAAGAGAUCUGAACUUUAUCGACCACACAAGCAAUAUUGGUUGGAAGGAGCAUCAAAGGGCUAGACCAAUCAUCGUGGAUCCAGCAUUGCAGAUCUCAAACAAAACUGAGGUUGUGACAACAAAGGAGAAAAGAAGCUUGCCUUCAGCUUUCAAAAUAUUUGUAGGUUCGUCGUGGGUAAUAUUGAGCCGAUCAUUCCUGGAGUUCUGCAUAUUGGGAUGGGACAACCUUCCUCGCACGCUGCUCAUGUACUUCACCAAUUUCCUGUCGUCCUCGGAGGGAUACUUCCACACGGUGAUCUGCAACUCAAAGUACUACCAGAACACCACCAUCAACAAUGAUCUCCGUUUCAUGGCGUGGGACAACCCCCCUCGGACGCACCCUCUCAACCUGACAGCCGAGUACUUCGACGCAAUGGCGAACAGCGGGCUGCCAUUUGCGCACUCUUUCACGCGUGACGAUCCGGUCCUGGAUAUGAUUGACACUGAGCUGUUGAAGCGAGCGCCCGACCGCUUCACACCAGGUGGAUGGUGCCUGGGUAGCCCGGUGGGCGGCAAAGACCCUUGUACUGUUUUCGGAAGGUCAUUUGUUCUCAGGCCGAUUAAAGGUUCGGGGAAGCUAGAGAAGUUGUUGUUGAAACUUUUGGAACCUGACAACUUCAGGCCUAAACAGUGUAUAUAACGCUCUUGUUACAUGUAGCCAGCUUUUACGGAGUAGUAUUUUGGUAGUGUGCGCUGUGCGGGGGCAAAAGUGUUCCUGAGGUGGUUGGUUAUCAUAGUUCUGGCGGCAGGUACAGUUACACGGCGUGCUUUUGUAUACUUGCAACUGGAAGCUCGAAGAGUGACUGAAAUCAUACAUGUACACACUUCAUGUCC